UACAACAAAAUCAGCUGUUCCAUACCAACAAAAAUACAAUAUGGUUGUUUAAUUGAUGUUUGCCUUUGUUUGGCAAGGUCAGUCUUUGUGCAAAAAAUAAUAUUUAAUUUUGAAAGAGAUUUUUACAAGAUUCUAUAUCAAGUUCUUCUGCCCGUUGUUGAUAACAGUAAUACUUGAUUGUAUCAGUUUCUCGGAGUCAUGUCUAGCCAAAACAGCCCAAGUUUGCCUGCGCCAGGCCUUGAAGAAAUGUCUGGGUCUGUGUCACCAGAGAUAAAAGAGCCUAAACAAUAUUUUGUGAACUUCAAUCAGGAUAACACAUCAUUAUCUGUUGCAAGCAAAUCAGGCUACAAACUGUACUCGUUGAAUAAUGCUGAUAUCCUAGAGGAAAUAUAUUCCAAUGGAAAUGAGGACUGUUGGAUUGUUGAAAGACUUUUCAGCAGUAGUCUUGUUACUAUCGUAUCUAAUGCAUGCAAAAGGAAGCUGAAAGUAUGUCAUUUCAAAAGGGGUACUGAAAUAUGUCAUUACUCGUAUACACACAAUAUAUGUGGUUUGAAACUCAACAGAAUCCGUUUGGUCGUCUGUCUUGAGGAAAGCUUGUACAUUCACAAUAUAAGAGACAUGAAAGUUCUUCAUACAAUAAGAGACACACCUCGUAAUCCUAAUGGACUACUAGCCUUGAGCAUAGAUGUCGAUAACUGCUUUUUAGCUUAUCCUGGCUCAUCUACUUCUGGCGAGAUUCAGAUAUUUGAUUGUGUGAAUUUGCAAGCGCAAACGAUGAUACAAGCUCAUCAAGGUCCUUUGGCUACUUUCGCAUUUAGUCCUUGUGGUACACGAAUAGCUACAGCUUCAGAAAAAGGCACUGUGAUAAGGAUCUUCUCUACAUUUGAUGCCACUAAAUUAUAUGAAUUUAGGAGGGGAGUGAAGCGAUGUGUUACCAUGAGUUGCUUGUCCUUCAGUCUUUGCGGAGAAUAUUUAUGUUGUAGUAGUAACACAGAAACUGUACAUAUUUUCAAAAUGGAGGAUGUCGGGAGUAAAAAAAAAAGUACACAGGAAACCGGUUGGGCGGGAUAUUUCAGUUUGUAUCUACCUGGGACAGUAACAAAGGUAUUUAAUCAAGGCAGAUCAUUUGCCGCUGCGCACCUACCAACAUUUGGAUGCAAAAACGUCUUAGCCAUUUCAAUGGUUCACAAGGAACUGCGACUUUUUGUUGCAACCGAAGAGGGGGCAUUGUUUGUAUAUACCAUAAAUAAGAAUGGAGGUGAUUUACCCUUAUUUAAGACUCACCAAAUAUCUAGCAAUGAUAGUGAACAUCAUGAAAUGGUACCGCAUGCAUCGGAUCCAAAUCCUUCCACCCCACAUGUGGAUGAAGGUGGCAUACUAGGUAGCUACGCUGGCAUCGUCAAAGGCAAUCCCAUGGGCCAAAUGUCAGGUACUGAAUCUGAGAAGUUUCGAGAAAUGCAAGCAGCCACAGAAUCUCCACCCAAAAGUCUUUUUCACUUUACCGACGAACAUGAAUAUCCACCUCUAACUCAGAAUUCUGAAUGAGAUCAACAACAGAAUCUUUUUCAGUUCCAUUUGGGCCAACUGACAAACAAGGAAAAGUUGCAGCUCACCUGUGUCUCGGUUCUCAUGAUUCAUCUGAUUGUUUGCCUAAUUGAGGAUAUUGUAUUGUGUAUUUUUGAGUUUACCUUAUAAUAUAUUAUAUUGAUAUGUUAAGUUCUUCCGUUAACAUUUUUGUAUUGUGAUACUUUUUUAAAUUUCAGUCUAAUGAAAUUGGGAAAUAAGGCA